CUCAUAUGUAGUUGUAUCUAGUCGAUUUUUUUUUUUUUUUAUUUCGGAAAUUCCUUAUGACGGAUUUUAUAUAAAAGUGGCAAAGGGAGAACUUUAGUGCAUCAUUCAAACAUUUCAGCUUAAACAGACAACAGCACACUAAACGAGGACGGUUGUACUUAGACGAUUUUUUCAUUAAAUACGAAAAAAUAAAAACAAAAUCUUUUUUUUAAAGAUUUUAUAAAGUUUUAAUAAAAAACUAUAUUAGAAUUAAAAAAAAUAAUAUUUGAAAAAAAGUAAACAAAAUGAAAUUAUUCGUCUCGCUGCUAGCGCUUUUGGCAGCUGUCAGUGUCCAUGCUGAUGUCUCACAUUUGGAUACAGAUUUGCAAGAAGAUGGCUACCAUUAUAAACUGCCCACAGUGCCAUUUCCCCAACCUCCCUCAGGUAAUGGUAUAGAUGAUGACUACCAGCCACCAGGACAACAACCAUCCGGUCCAUCUCCUGGUUUUGGACCAUCACCAGCUGGACCUCAACCCGGUAGACCCGGUGCAUUGCCUGGUUUUGGACCAUCUCCAGCUGGACCUCAGCCUGGUAGACCCGGUCCAUCUCCCGGUUUUGGACCAGCUCCAGGCCGUCCAGCUCCUGGACCUAGCGGUCCUACUGGUCAACAACCUUCAGGACCUGGUUCAAGUUAUAUACCACCAGAACAACAACCAGCAGGACCUUCACCCAGCUAUGGACCACCACAAGGUCAGCCAGGUAGAGGUGGACCAGGACCAGCUCCAGGACGUCCUGCACCCGGACCUUCAUACCAACCAUCAGGAUCAGCACCAGGCCGUCCAGCUCCAGGACCUUCAUAUCAGCCAUCUGGACCUGCUGCCGGACCAUCUUAUCAACCUUCAGGACCUGCUCCGGGACCUUCAUAUCAACCAUCAGCCCCUGCACCUGGACCCUCAUAUCAACCAUCAGGACCUGCACCAGGACCAGCUCCAGGCCGUCCAGCUCCCGGACCUUCAUAUCAACCCUCAGGACCUGCUCCUGGUCGUCCAGCACCAGGACCAGCCCCUGGCCGUCCAGCUCCAUCCUACCAACCUUCAGGACCUGCUCCUGGUCCAUCUUAUCAACCAUCAGGACCAGAACCCGAAGGUCAACCAGAUUGUGCUCCUCAGGGUCCCCAAAGACCUGGUAGUCCAGCUCCACGUCCUCAACCUGGCUGUCCAGCACCUGAAGAACAACCUGGUCGCCCAGGCCAGGCACCAGGACGCCCAGCACCCGGUUCAAAGCCCGGUAUGGAAUACUUACCUCCUGAUCAGAGACCUCAAAGACCCGGUGUACAGCCAAGACCACAACAACCCUCUACCAAAGACCAGACUAGACCACAAGGACCUUUCCCAGGACGUCCAGCACCCGGACCUUCUUAUCAACCUAAACCACAACAACCUGAUUGCUCUCAACCUGGACAGCCUGGAUGUCCCGAACCGCAACCAGACUGCACACAACCCGGCCAACCAGGAUGUCCAGAACCAGAUUGUUCUCGUCCAGGACCACCACAACCUGGCUGCCCAGCACCCGGACCUGCACCAGGACCAAAACCCCAACAACCAGGCGGUAGACCACAACAACCAGCUCCCAGACCUCAACAACCAGCUGGUAGACCACAACAACCUGCUCCCGGACCUCAAAGACCCGCUCCAGGACCUAAACCAGGUGCUCCUGGUAAACCUGGCUUGGAAUAUUUGCCUCCCCAAGGUACUGAAGAAAAGUCUACAAAUGGACAGAGACCACGACCUGGCCCAAAACCUCAAGGACCCGCACCAGGACCUAAACCCGGACGUCCAGCUCCUGGUCCCACAUAUCAACCUAGACCACAGCCAGAUUGCUCAAGACCUGGUACUCCUGGCUGUCCAGAACCUGAUUGCUCACAACCUGGUACUCCUGGCUGUCCACAACCAGAUUGCUCAAGACCUGGUACUCCUGGCUGUCCACAACCUGAUUGCUCAAGACCUGGUACUCCUGGCUGUCCACAACCAGAUUGCUCAAGACCUGGUACUCCCGGCUGCCCACAACCUGAUUGCUCAAGACCUGGUACUCCUGGCUGUCCACAACCAGAUUGCUCAAGACCUGGAACUCCUGGCUGUCCACAACCCGAUUGUUCUCGUCCAGGACCACCUCAGCCAGGUUGUCCCGCUCCCGGUCCAGCUCCAAGACCUCAACCUCCAGCACCUAGACCACAACAACCUGCUCCAAGACCUGGUAAACCAGAUGGUGAAUAUUUACCACCUCAAGAUAAUGAAGUCAGCCCUCCAAGCGGUCCCGGACCACGUCCAGGACCAGGUGCCAAGCCUCAACAGCCCUCAUAUCCCGGAUCUCAAGGUCCUGCACCUGGACCACAACCUUCUGGUCCAGGUCAACAACCCUCUUAUCCUGAACCUCAAGGUCCAGCACCAGGUCAACAACCCUCAGGUCCAGGACCACGUCCCGGCCCAGGUCCUAGACCACAACCUCAACAACCCUCAUAUCCCGGAUCUCAAGGACCUGCACCAAGACCACAGCCAUCAUAUCCAGGACCACAACAACCUCAACCUUCAUAUCCUGGUGAAGUGCCCGGCACUGGUGAAGAUUCUGGUUCUUUGGGUCCCGAUGGCUAUAACUACAAUAAACCCAGCAACCCCUUUAAAUAUUAGAAAUGUUAAAUACUCGUAAUCUUAAUAACUAAAUAAUGAUAGACAUAAAACAAUAAAGUAUUACCACAAACACAAAAUUAUUUAAAAAAAUAUAUACAUAUAAAGAAAAUGUUUUUCAACUCAAGUACCUUGACCCCAAGAAAAAGAAAAAAAUCUAAAAAAAUGUUA